AUGUGGCAGUGGGUGGUCCUGGCAUCCUGUCUCCCUGGGGUCCACCCCUGCCUGGCCUGCUUUGGGGGUCCUAUUUCAUGGGCCCAGGUCUGCCAUGCCAUUACUGGGGCCCCUGCCGAUGACGACCGAUUUCAUCUCUGCCUUGAGGAACUUACCCUGAUCACUGAGCCACUCAACGCUGUCACUGUGGCGUCAGGGCAGUACAAGGCACUUCGGAAGAUAAUCAUGGAUGCUCGGUAUUUUCUGGACACGCAGCACCACCUGAGGCCCUUUAAGAUGUCUCUGCAGGAAGCCACAGAUGUAAUUUUUGUGAAGCUGAGACAGCUGGAGGAAGGUCCAGCCUGCGUGCCUCCCUGUGGGUACCAGCCAGCUGCCCGUGUCUUCCAGUGUGCUACCUGCCGCCACGUCGACUGCCAGUUUCCCCUGGACUGUCCAGUGCAGGACAUGUUGGCCCGUGUGGAUGAAACCAUCACAGUGCUCUGCAAUGUGUCCUUCGCCACCCCCCAGGAGCUGCCCGUCACCUGGAUGUUUGCCAACGAUCUGCGCACACAGGAUCUGAUGCUGUUUGAGGAGCUACAGGGGAGGGCGGAGAGAGCUCUUGUUCUGAAACUCCGGGACCCCACUUCAGGAACCAUUGCCUGUCAGCUGGGCAACCUUUCUGAGCCGGUGGCCCGCAAGUACUUCUACCUCAACGUGUCCGGGAAAAGCCUGGAGGCAGAGAGGGGGCUCCAGGCUCAGUUCAGAGCUGUGCUGCGCUGGCCCAUCGUCAGGACACCCUGGUACUACAAUGGCCAUCUGGCAGUGUUGGAGAUACCCAAAUAUCAGCAACCCGUGGUCGUCCCUCACAUCUGGACAACAGGGUCCUUCAGGGGAUUCCAGAUGCCUGGAUUCACCUUAGAGGAACUUGACAUGUGGAUCCACCCCUGA